CCAUUCCAAGAUUCCUUCAGGGGACAGAGCAGCAUAACGUUCUACUCUUCCCUUCCCAUUACUUGUCGUUGACCUUGUCCAUCCACCAAUCCCAUAUUCAACCUGAGGAAGGCACUCCAAGCAUCUAAUGAUGCCUUCAAGUGCGCUUCCCCAGGAAAUCGUUCUCCUGGUAUGCCAGGCACUCGCUGUGCAAAACGACUUUUCCACCCUGUUCCGAUGCUCCCUCGUGAGUAGACGGGUCGCAAGCAUCGCUCUGGAGCAGCUCUACAGCACCCAGGAAUUGUCUUCUAUUAGUGCCGGCGAGACCGUCAAUACCCAAGCUUGGGCACGUCUGUGGAAGAGCAUCAUUCGAUCAAGCAUUGGAAAGACAGCGUACCCUUACUGCACCUAUGUUCGAGCUUUGUACUGCGGCCACUUCGAAGAACUUCUCGACGCUCUAUGGACCAAGCCAGAAAACGAACACCUUCGCUCUUUCCUGAUCAACGCCAACGAUGAUACCGAGCAGUUUUUUGUCGCCCGCGAGGGCCAACUGAAGCGUCCGACCCGAAAACAAUCAACACAGUUGGCGGGCAUCGAUUUUCAGGCCUUCACAGUGAAGUGCGGCGAUUUCGUGACAAAGAGGAUCCGAGAAGUCGCUGACCAAACCGAGACGGCUGUCGCCCUUGCCCAUCUCGAAGGAAAUCACAUUCCUGUAGAUGUCUUGCCAAACUGGAUCUCUCGCCUGCCGGCCUUGACAUCGCUGAGACUAAGAGAUGGGUCCGUCCUCACAGCCGAGGCGGGAAGGGCGAUAUUCGAAUCCUGCCCAAGAUUUUCCGAGUUGACAGUACAUUACUACCGAAGUAGCAGCGCUGAUGACGACAUGGCGUCGUUUCUUCAGAACCUUCGCCAGAACACACUCCAGCGAUUUGAGCUCAUAAGCUUAAACGACAUCGGCGAGCGUACUCUGACGGCACUAAAUGGCCAUGCUGAGUCCCUACGAUUCCUCUCGCUUGGCAGCUUGUCUGCUCAGGCCAUGAAGUCCCUUAACGUGCUUUCCGAUUGCACUGCACUGGAGUUUCUUGAGAUUGAAAAUGCCCUACAUGAGCGAGUCGACUUGAAGACAUAUAGUGCCGGUUAUCUGAAGGAGGUGAGCGCCUGGGUUCAGAGCUGCCAGAAUCUACGUGGAUUGAGGUUCUCCCAAGUGCAGGACGCGCUUUUGAUUAUCAAGGAAGCCCUCAACGCACCAACUCUAAAACUUAGCAUUCUAUCACUUGAAGGUUUCGGCUCGCAAGAUCAACAAGACACGUCUUCUGCGUGGGCCGCUCUUGGAGUUCAGGAGAAUCUUGAAGAUCUCACCCUGGGUGGUCAAGAUCGUACCCCUGACGGCCUGGUUAUUCACGAAAACCCACCCCUGGCUGAAUCCAUCUGUCGACUUCACAACCUGAAGUGUCUGAACCUGAAUCAGGCGUAUGUGCGAAUGGCCGACUUGAAGCAAUUCGUUGGUGCUCUGCCAAAUUUGACGGAGCUACGGUUCGGAGGGGAGUGGAUGGACGAUGAUGUUCUCGAGUCUUUGGGGAGCCUUCGAUACUUGAAUCAGCUGUCCGUGAACUCUAUCUCGAUUUUCACCUGGGAAGCUUUGCGAGAAUUCGCGAUGAAGCUUGAUCCCGUGCAUCAGCAAGGCAUCGUCAUCGACAUUAACAACCAGCUCGGCGCUUACAAGUUCGGCAUAGGCGAAACGACCUUCUUAUCAAAUUAUUUUGCCGACACGUUGAAAGGAAGUAUCGAGAUCGAGUACUACUACGACCCUGGCGAACAUGAUUCGGACACCUCAUCCGCGUCCGAUUAGGAGUCGCACGAUCGGUAUCUGAGGUCUGGUCACUCCUACUACGAGGGAAUACUUAAUAAACUGGAUCAACAGAGCUUGCCGGAUGUUGACGCUGACGCGGCGGACAGCAAUGGGUUGAAGGAUGUCCAAAAACGUCUUGAGUUAGUCAAUAUCAUCAAUGCAAAAAUAGUGGUGAUGCAGAUGUUACGAUACCUACUUUGGCGGCAGAUGGAAUUCUUGCAGUUUCAACACAACGCCCGGCGGCGUUAGACAUGGCUC